AACAGAACACUUUACUAGUGCGCGUUGUAGGUCCCGCCGAACAGAGUCAGAGAGAUCUGGAGGAUAUUUUCGGAGAGCAGACUCCUGGCACAGUAGUGGCUCCGAGCCCUUCCUCGAAAGGAGCUUCGUCACCUACCUCAGCAAAGAGAGGUGUUCUGAUAGAAGAAGGAAGUGCACAGCUUGCAACUGGUAGCAGCGCCUCUUCUCGUUUAAUCGCACGCGGUGAAAAAACAGUGUCUAUCGGAGGUCCACAACAACUACAAGGACCUUCUGAAGAUUCCCAGCAGGUUGAGGAUCUCUCUUUCCCGUCUCUCCUAGCCGACUUGAGAGCCUUCUGGAACACUAGGAACACCAUUGCAUUUGGAGGAGAAGAUAGACCAAGGAAGGCACCUAGUGCUAAAGUAGUAGACGAUGACGAUUCUGAUGAAGAUGAGGAGGAAGAAGUAGAAGAACAAGAGGAGGAAGAAGAACUUGUGGUGGCUGUGGAUGGCAGACAGGAGGUGGUGGAUUUGGAAUCUGGUAGUAGAUCUUCUGGGCAACUAGCUUGUGUCCCACAUCCUGAAGACAGGAAUCCUGCUUUCCGAAAGGCUAAACGACGACUAGUAGAGCGUGAAGUUAAGGCUCAAUUUACAAUUCAGUUCUACAAGGAGUUUUGUCCUAUUUGUUUCCUUCUUAGGAUUGGGAGGAAUGUUGUUGUUGACGAGGGCAAGAAAUGUAUUGCUUUGAGCUCUAAUGAAGGUUCCGGUAGCGCGGACCAACAACCUGUUAUCGUGAGAGGUCAUUCUAGUUCUAGAGAACACGCAUCUUCUUCAACAUCAGAUAAAACACGAUCUUCAACAAUUGCUACUUCCACUUCUUGCGGUAUUCCACCUGGCGAGAUGGGCACGAGGGCCGCGAUAGUUUGUUUGCUGAAGCUGUUCUUCUGUAGUGGGAUCCUUUUUUUGCCCAAAG